AUGCGACCCUUCUGUUGCUCUUUGGCCGACUUGGAAGAGGCCUGCGAAGAGGUGGGCCUCCACCCAACCGUCGCGGCCAGCGAGCCGGAGGAGGUGGCACCUGCCCUGCAAGGGCUCCUGCAACGAGGUGCCUUGCAGCCCUUGUUGGACGAACACUGUUGGAACGCUUUGGUGGGCGCGAAGAAGCUCUCGAGCAAGCAGGAGAUGCUGGGCCGGCGGCUGGAUGGACGGCUCCGGGGACUCUGCUCCACCAUCAACGGCGUGGGCAUGAGUCGACCCAGGUCUCCCGUGGAUUCCUUGUUCUUCCUGGUGACGGUGGAGCACAUGGUUCGAGUCUGCAAUCGACUCUGCUGCAGCUUGGAGCUGACCCCGAUCGGCGCCAGCGACAAGGAUGCGCCUGGCACGGUGAGGUUGCUGCCUGGCGAGGACGCCGACUGUCCGGAUUUAGACUCGAUGCAGCUGGAGCUCCUCCUCCCCAGAUCGGACGCACGUGUGGCGAUGGCGCGGUCGAAGUCCUCGUCCUUCCGGGCCUCCGUGACGAGUAUGGCAGAGGAGGAGAACGAGAUGCUGGAGGAAGAGGAGGAGGAGUCCCCGAGUUUACCCGAGCGCUACGUGCUCCAGCGCCCCCAGCGGCUCCUGGAACCCGGCGGCGCCAUGACCGCCGGGGGGCCGGUCCGCUCGCAGCAGUCACUGCUGGGGCGGAACAAGGCGCCGUGCUGCUUCAAGGGAAAAGGAGACAAGCUGGUGGAAGUACAGGUGCAGAAGGAAGAAGGGGUCGUUCAAGAGCACUGCUAUUGGCCAGGCCUGCACUGCACGCAGUUCGGAAGCCAUACGAGUCAGCUCACGCUGUUCGUGAGCCACUGGCUGGUGAACCGUCAGAACGCCCCGGUCGUGAUCCCACAUCCACGCUCGGUCGGUCUGAGCCGCUCGCGGCACGUGGUGGACGAACCGAUGAUGGUCAUCCCGGGGCAUGGCUUGAGACCCCUGUCGCAGCACGCCCUGGCCGACGGAUCGCUGGAGAUUGGCCUCCGCGCGCCGGAGGCGAGCGAGGCGCCGGGCCACACGCCGAGCAACGCGCGGCCGUCGCUGCAGCGGACGGUGCGAAGGCGGAAGACGCUCUUCGCCUCGCAGAAGGGUUCGAAGACGGGGAGCAUCAAAGUGGAUAGACCAAGGAAAGGUGGUGUGCUGCCCUUCUUGGCGGUAGAGGAUGGCCCUGACAGCUUGUGCUUGGGUUUCUCUGUCAACCAGGCGCCCUUCCCCUUCUACCGGACCUUAGUCGUUGAGGUGACGCGGCGCUACACCCUCGUGAACCUGAAGAACCACCGACUCUGGGUCUCGGAUGGCCACAACUACCUGCACCUGAUGCCGGGCAAGCCGCAAGCCUACCACCCCCACGGCGGCGAUGCGGAGUUUCACCUGGACAUCAGCGGAGUGGGGCCCAAGGAGUUCACCGCGGGCUUUCGAUUGAGCCAACUCUUUAAGCUGGCGGGUGAUGAUACAGGUCGGCGAGGAAAGCUCCAGCUGAUGUACAUGGUGUCCUCGGAGGAACAGCGGAGUUCCACGCAGAGCUUGGCGAGCCUCGACUCCUCCAAGGCCUUCAGCGGCACGCGCUGGGGACUCUUGGUCGUGGAAGCCCUCGAGGUCUCCUCGGCGCUGAUCUUGCGGUUCCUGGAUCCUCCAAAGCCGCAGUUCCGCAUGGUGAACCGCGCCCGGAGCAGCGUUUGUUUCCGCCAGGACCACCCUUCGGCGCCGUUGUUCUACUUGCCACCGGAGGGCGUGUUGAACUUCGCCUGGUACAGCCCGCCCUCCUUCCGCACGGCUGCGCCGGAGAAUGUCUCCUCCAGCGCACCGGCGCUCCUGUUGGGCGCGGUGGUCGACGAAGUGGUGUCAGAAGAAGAGCUCUACCGGGUCCCCACGCACCGUUACGACAUCGCACAGGUGCGCGAACACCAGCAUCUGGAGUUUCCGCAGUCUCAAUCGCACUCCUUUACCUUCCGCGCGAACAGCCGGAUGAGUGGCGCCGUGUCGAAGCGUGUGAGUCGAGUGACGCGUCGAAUGACCUCCAUGAUCACCAUGCAGCACAAGCCGCCGGACCUCUACAAGGUGAGGACCAGCGUGCAUCAAGGGAGCCUGGAAGUGCACAUCUUUCCGUGGGUCCGCGUGAGUAAUGAAACCAAGUGGCCUGUGACCGUGCGUGCGGAUUCCUCCGAUGCAGGUCAGACGAUUGAUCUGGAAGAGGAAGUGGACUUGUGGCCAAGCUCUAAGAACGAGAUGCUCUUCCAGAUGAAGCGCUCGGGCGUGGACGCCAAAGGCAAUUCCUUCGAGUGGUCGCAGCCACUGACGUUGUCCGAGAGCAUGACCACUUACCGGGGCUUCUUUCGCCAGCGCUGUGGAGGUGAGGCGGACACGGUGGAGGUCUCCGUGGCACGCGACGAGCUCAGCGGAUUCCUACGGCUCACGCUGUCGGCCUGCAAGCAGGACCCGUUCCUCAUCGAGAACAAGUCCAGCGAGAAGUGUCGCUUUGCGCCGAAGAAUGCCACAGGUUGGGUGAUGCACUUGCAGAAGGGCGACGGUGAAUGUCCCUUCUUUUCUCAUCUCUGGGGCGGCGACACCUGGAUGACUCUGACCCUCAGCGCGCGAGGCGAAAGCCACGAGUCCUUCGACUUUGAUCUGGCAGUGCCACACACGCAUCACUUUCGUGAUCUCAUCAUCGAGGUGGGCAAGGUCAAGGACAAGCCGAAGCUGGUGGUGGUCCGAGACACCACGGAGAAGCAGACCAAGUCACUGACUCGCCGGUCCAUCCGCGAACGAGGCGUCUUGGGGACCUUGAACCGGAUGUCCGUGGCCUUCAGGGCUGAUCACUUGGCCCCCGCCUUGGAACUGGGCGUGCAGAAGCUCCAGAGCUUGGCGAGUCAAAACGGGAAGAACGAGAUGAAGACGGUGAAGUCCCACGUGACCUUCGCCACAGAUGAAGACCAGGAGGAGGAGCAGCCGCAGCACCGGCUGUUCACCAUGGGUUCUGGGAAUCACUUGAAUCCUAUGAAGUCAUUGGAAUCGCUGAAUCUGCAGCCGCGGAGGUUCAUCGAAUGGAUGACUAUGACCAGCUCGUUGACCUCUAUGCCGACCUUGAGGCCGCGCAGAUGUCUAUGCUUCCGAUGCUUCGGGCGGAAGGAGAAGGCGGUGGAGCCCCUGCGGCGAAAGAAGGCGGUGCGGAUGAAGCCGGCGCGGAGCAACUUGAUGGGCCAGGAGAUCGAUGAGUUGGAUUGGUCCUUGGACCUGCGGUUGGAGGGCCUUGGGGUGGCGAUGCUGGAGAUGCAGCUGGACACAAGGGAAUCCCAUGAGCUGGGCUACGGCUCCUUGAAGGGCCUCACCGUUCAGCUGCGGCAAGUGGCGGCCAAGACGGACGUGGACGGCCGGGGCGGGUCGCUCUGGGUGGAUUUGAAGCUGAGAAGCGCCCAUUUGGAUGUGGGGACUGGCGAUCUGAAGCACCAAAGCAAAGCGUGCCACUCGGUGCUCAGACCCUUCACGGGGCCACUGCAGAUUUUGUCCGAAGACGGGGAGCCACCGGCCAUCCUGCAUCUGGAAGCCAUGUUGAAGCUCAUCACCGAAAAUCAAGAAGUGGCUCCUAGGCUGACAGAGCCGCAGGCGGCGACGGGCCCGAGCCGCAAUGGAUCGGCCCACUACGAGGUGAGGCGCUUUGAGCUCAAAGUACAGCCCUUGGGCCUCCACAUCGAAACCGCCUUGGUCUCCGAGGUGGUGCUGUGGGUCUUGGAACUGUCGAGUGUGCUGAAGAGCGGCACACAGCGGCAGGAGAGUCACAUGCAGCAUUUAGCCAAUGCGCUCGAUGCAGAGGAGAAUAAUGCCGAGCCCAAUGUGGCCCUGGCGGAUCUGCGCUUCUGCGAGCCGCGCUGUGUGACGGAUCCCACGGCAGAGGACUUCCAAGAUCGGACCCCCGUGGUGAUCCGUGAGCUGCUCUUGCGGCGCAUCUGUUGCGUGAUGACGCUGAGCUUCACGGGGACGGGAUCAUGGAGAUCAGACAGAGAUGAAGAGCUUCAAGCCUUGGAGAUGUUACUGAGACUGACCUUGCCCUUGGACGUGCACCAGGCGCGGCUGAUGUUGGGGAAGCUCGUCUUCGGCUGGCGCGGUUGGUCCGUGAAGGACUUCACCGCGCCUUGGCUGGAGGGAGUCCUUGGCUGGAGGCCGGGGGGAAACGCCGUGGGGCGGAAGCGGGAAUCAGCCGUGGGCGGGCGCUGCAGAUUGAUGUGCGCGGACGACUAUGUACAGAGUACACCUGAGCAGAUCCGCCAAGCGCUGCAACGCCAAAAAGCCAGAGCGGAGGAGCUGAGGAGGCAGAAGGCUAAGGAGCUGAAGCAGAAGGUGCAGCUGGUCUAUCCGGCCCAUGCAAGUGUUUUGGGCUGGGCAUUUGUCGAGACGGAGCAAGAUUGGCAGAAGACGAAACAUUUCCUAGAGUCGCACCAGUUCAGCGAUGACUUGAAUGCUCCCAAGUGUUCUUGCUUCGGCUUCAAACGCUCCUAUCCUUUGCACGAAGCAGCUCGAGAAGGCAACUGGGAGAUGAUCAUGCUGCUGAUGAAGUUCGGGGCAGAUCCCCAAAAGAGAGAUCACAAGGGAAAGUGUGCCAGCAGCUAUGCUUCUCAGUCAAAGGCCAGAAGAGUCUCGUGA